AUGAACCCAUCAUGUCAGCUCCGUCAAUGGGCUCCACAGGAUAUAAGUCGAUUAAUGAAAGUAAAAGGGACCAUUCAGGAUGUCGAUGGAGAAUGUUCGUUCAAGGUGUCUGGACUGUCUCGCACCUGCCAGAUUGCUCCGCAUUACCGUAUCCCGCUUCAUGCGCUGAACAAGAAGUUUGGUCUCUACAAGAAGAUUGUGGCCCACCUCGACGCUUCAUCCCACAAAAAUGCUACUUAUAUGCGUGAUAUGUAUUUAUCGACCAUUGACUACAUGAAUAAUGUCCGCAUUGCGUUCUUGGAGGAUGCUGCUGGAUCCACAGAUGCAUUGUGCGGAGAUUUCAGAUCUCCAGUGCUCGAUUAUUACCUGUGGUUGGAUCACACAACCAGUGGCUUUCAUGCCGAGUGUCGUCAGGCCUUGAAAGAGAGUCAUGGGGUGACCUUCGAAGGUCUGCAGAAUUCAACAUGUCCAGACAUACUCAAAUUUCUCAAUUGGAAUGCUUAUCACAAUAACGAGUGCAAAGAGCAUGAUUACUGUGGUGCAUUGCAGGGCUGUGGGAGUGGUGAGGAUAUCGAGCAACUGCUGAAUGCAGUAGACGCCUCCCUUACCGAUGAUCCUGAUCCUGUAGAAGAUCCAGAAGGCGUUACAGAGUCUAUUGGCGCCAUCGACAUGGAUGUUGUAUCCACUCCAAUUGGAACUGAAUCUAAUAGUGUAGAUAUGCCAUCAAGUAAAUUUCCACAAUUCCCGCUUCCUUUCGAUCGGAAUUUGCAAAGGAUGUCUCUGCAAACACUUGGUGAUAGUGCACGUCAGAUCCUCAUCGGCGGGUUCGGAAGAUGGUUGCCUAGCCAUAUUGCUAUGCGCUUUCGAGAAAUCCAAGGACUAGAUCACAACGAGACUUUAGAGAAUCUGAUGGAGAAUGGGUUACUCAUCACAGCACGAAAUCAAGAAGAAUUCUGUGAGAUUUUCGGCAUGGUGGAAAUGAUGGCAAAGUGCCAGGAGUUAUCGGUUGACCGUGGUGGCAUGGCACGUUUCUUCACUGCAGUUGGCCGUGGACUCUACACAUCACACCAGGGUUCUAAAUGCUCUGUCGAGUAUGGUCAACAUUUUCCAUCGUCAUUCGCAUACAUGCGGUCAUUUGUAGAAUGCGAGGUGCAGACAGAAGAUUGUGAUAUACUUAUAACGGUGGACGCACAUGACCAUUCACCUGAUUCUGGACCUCGGUAUGAAGCGGACAUUCAGUCCUGCAACGACCAUCCACACAUCUCUUCAGACGAUGUGUGCUCAUUCGUGGAAUGCGAGGUACAGACAGAGGAUUGUGAUGUACCUAUGAAGAUGGACGGACCUCAGAAUGAAGUGGACAUACAGAUCCACGACGACCAUACACACCUCUCCGAAGAGGAUGUGCGCUCAUUCGUGGAAUGCGAGGUACAAACAGACCUUGAUACACAAGGUGAAUCACAGACCAUCCACUCCAAUCAUCCUUCGGACCAAGGAUAUCCAGCGGACCUUCAUCAAUUUGAUUCUGCAGUCAUCUCACAGCACAACGAAGAAUUUGACCUGACAUACAUGGAUCUCACAGGAUUCCCUGAACCACCAGAGAGCUCUGGUGAACAUUGUAGUGACGUCGUAGAUUCGUCCACAAAGCUCGAUCUGGAUAGACUUCACAGCAUCGCUCACGAGGAGAAUAAAGUAUCCAACAUCGAUCUUUCACCUGGAUGGCAAGAAAUAAAUGAUCAAGACACGUUUCAGGAUGUAGAUUUAUCUACCUCCCCUCCACUUAAAUCAAGACUGCGCGAACGAAAUACAAGCAGAGCACCCGAAAUAAAGAGAGAAACAAGGCGUAUGGAACAGCCUGACUCCAAGCACUCACGACCCGUGGUGUUUGCUACCAACAGGAAAGCGCAUAGAGGAAAGCCAAAGGCGGUCAACCAAAAAUUAAGAUCGCCGCAAUACACCAUGAAAGACCUGAUUCGUGAAUCUCAGACAGAGUGGACGAACGACACGCCUUUCAUCGACGCCUUUCUCACGGACCCGCAGGCAUACAAAUUUAUCAACUCUACCAUUGAAUCAGAUCAUGAAUCGUGGUUGGCUAUUGCUCGACAUAUUGCUGUACUGUCUAUGGUCAUGUCUAUCGAAUUCUGGUUCAAGGAUGUUGCAACAGAGUGCCGCCAGGCAUUCACGCAUGACAACCAGGAUGUCGCACUAUCGCCAUUGUCACAUCGCGUUCUUGUUGAACUCUCUACCAGGGCAAUGGUCGAUGAGCUUUCUGCGCACCAUGUCUUACAAAGUAUCUUGAGUUCCGACAAUGGAAAAUGUGCGAAUGCAAUUCUUCGAUACCUGCUACGCUCCUCUCAGAAUCACGACAAUGACCCAUAUGCACCUGGCCUUCGUGUGCUUGCAUCAGCUGUGAUGAAGCAUGCUACGAUUGAUCGGUUGGCUUAG